CAGUAUAAAAAAUAAAGUUCAUUAUUGACAUUGAAAUUAGGAUUUAAACUUAAAAUCUUCUGAGAAAUAAUGUGAAGGAGAAACACUUUCUUGAUGAUUAAAUACAGUAUUUUCUAAGUUUAAGUUUGUAUAAGAUAAUUGUAUACUGAAGAAUUUCUAAAGAUGACGAUCAUACGUGCAAUAUCACCGUUCUUUUAUCUGAGCCUCUUUUUGGAUUUUGCGACAUUAGUCACAGAUUUUCGUUUCAUAGUUGAAGGAGCGACACAUAAUAAAGACCUACUCGUUGUAGGGGGUCAGAAUGAUGGAUUUAACACUGGAUUGAUGGCUUAUGUAAGCAUCAUGGCGAUUAUCAGGUUUCUUGGAAAAAUGACUGCGGUGGUGCUAUCUAUUGCCGUUCAGAAACAUCAGCAUUUAUCAAUGGGAAUCUGGUUCGGAGUGAUCGUCAUUCACGACAUUGGAAUUGGGGUGUUUUAUUUAGAGUACAUUAAUUGUGUCGGAAAGGAGGAUUAUUAUGUAGCGCAUUUGUUUAUUUUGAUACCAAGAUGUCUGGAAUUUGCGUCGAAUACGAUUAAGUUAAUUCUUACACCCUUGGUACAUGAUAUCCGAGAUAUUGAGUCACGUAGACAAGCGACCAUAUAUGGUUGUCUGUAUGGGUUGUGCAUUAUGGGAUAUAUUGGAACGAUUGUCAUUCUCGCAUUGAUUUCACCGCCAAAUUAUCAAACAGUGGGUGCCUCAAAUUUUAAUGAAACUGAGUUAUAUAUUAUCAACAAAAAGGCAAUGGGUAGAAGCUACUACGAGGAAAUUUACACUGAUGUUCAAAAUUCAUCCUCUGGGACUUCCUUUUAUGGGCAUCACAUCUCGUACGUUAUCCCACAAUCGGAAGUAAUAAAAAUCGGCAAAUUGGCAAAUAUCAUCCAUAGUGAAAACGUAGGCUCAAUUAGCAUAGAUGAACAGCAAUAUAUAACCCAUUGUUAUAGUGGUUUUAUCUUGCAUAAUAUCUCAAAUAGUCUACUAAAUGAAACCUCAUGUGAGAGAUCUAAACGGCAUAUCCAAUAUCAGUUUCGCUAUUAUGAACCCGCACACUCAAUGACGCCACAUGGAAAAUUGGAGUAUAAUAUACGUAUGUCAGAUAAUAUCGAGGUAUUGGAUCCAAUUUGGGAAAGAUUAAAUCUUGAGGAUAUUAAUUUUGGAGUGUAUAUGUUCCUGACAGGAAAGAGCUCUUCAAAUGAAGAGAUAGACAAGAGCUCUUCAGAUGGAGAUGUUUUCCAUAAUCCAUGGUCUGGGAAAUGCCCCAAGUCUCCAAUAUUUACUGAUUUUAAUACUUGUUCAACAGGGAGUUUUCACAAGGCUGUGGUUGUUAUUUACUUUUCCAUUUAUUUAAUUGACUAUUGUUUGAUUUAGUGAUGGUGUCCUUGCCAAUCAUCAUAAAAGAAUGAAAUUGAUUCUAAGAGGGGGGGUGUAGAUGCCGAUUUUGCAAGUGAAAAUAUGAAAUGUUGUUCAAGUGAACAGCAAAUCAGUGUUUUAGAAUGUGACUGAUAUGUCAUUUAUAUGACAUGGUUAUUGAAUCAAUAAAAUAUAUAUAA